AAGAGUCAACGUCCACACCUCCACAAUGGGUCUACGAAAUUCCAAGCCGAAGCGUAGCUAUGAGGUGACACCUCCACAAUCCGAGAACCAGAGCCCACCCCAGACGACAUCCCCGACACCCACCGCGGUGCCACAGAUGAAAUCUGACGACACACCCAGCCCCAGCCCCAGCACCAUCCCCAUCCCCAGCUCCAGCCCCAGCGCCCCAGCAACAACAAUUCCCGACGGCACUUCUUUGGUGCCAAAUUGGCUGAAUGAGACGCAAUUUGUGGACAUACUUUCUGCGAGUGUUCCUCACUUUUCGAAGAUUCUUAGCUUCCGCGCUAGGCCCGCGAUGUCCCCCGGAGAGAACUACGCCACUCUGAUGCUGAGAAUCAGCAUCGAUGUGGAGCUCGAUGACAAAAGUACUAAGCACAAAUCCUUCAUGAUGAAGGUGCCCCAUAACACCCCUCAAAUGGAGCAAAUGCUGGCCAUGGCAAACUUUUUCAAAGUUGAGAAUAUGGCUUACAUCGAUAUAUUGCCGAAACUGGAAGAGCUGUACAGGGUCAAGGGAAUGGAAGUGGCAUUGGCACCACGAGCCCACAGACUGGACCCCAGCCAGGAGCCCAAGCUGGCCUAUACCGUGCUCAUGAACGAUCUGGGACAGGACGGUUUCAAGAAUUUGAAUCGUCUGGAGUGCCUGAACUUGGAACAAACCAAGUUUGCCCUGCGAAAACUGGCUCAAUACCAUGCGGCCACUGCAAUGAUGAUUCAGGUGAAUGGGCCUUAUCCAGAUACAUUGAUGAAUGGUAUUUUCGGAGCAAAUAAAGAUGUCAUAAAAGCCUUUAUGGACGGAAUGCUUGGCGCCUUCCAAAUUACAUUUAUGGAACAUCUGAAGGACCUGAAGGAUGGCGAGAAGUACCGGGACAAGCUCACCAAAACAUUUUCGCAAUUUGUCACGGAGUUUGUGAAGCUAAGCGAGUACGAUCCCUCGGAGUUUAAUGUUUUGAGUCACGGCGAUUGCUGGACGAAUAACUUGCUGUUCAAGCUCGACCCCAACGGAGAAAUAGAAGAUAUGGUGUUUGUGGACUUCCAAAAUCCGAAAUACGGAUCCCCGGUCCAGGACCUCUUCUACUUUAUCAUCACUUCCGUGCACAUAGACUACAAGUUGGCAUAUUUCGACUUCUUUGUAAAGCACUACCACGAUCAGCUAACCAAACAUCUAGAUCUGCUGGGCUUUACAGGGCGCCAGCCAUCGCUCCGGGAGCUCCACAUGCAGUUCUAUAAGUACGGAGAAUGGGCGUUGUACUCCUCGAUAACCGUGCUGCCUGUCGUGCUCUUGAAUCCCACUGAGGGUGCCACAUUCGAGAAUUUCAUGGGUGGCACCGAAGCAGCCGCCAACUUCAAAAACCUCUUGUACUCAAACCCACGCUACCGCAGCUAUAUCGAGCAGAUACUACCUUGGCUGGACAAUCGUGGUCUCUUGGACGUAGACCAGCCGAUACAGAAUGAAGAUCCGUUGCCCUUGCAGCCCAAAUCCUCUAACGAGAUCUUGGACUGGCUAACUGUAGACGACUUUAGUGAUAUAAUUGCCGCCACAGAUCCAGAGUUCGAGAGCAUUGUGAGCGGUUCUUCGGAAUUGGCAACCAAACCAGGCGACAACUAUGCCUCCAAACUGCUCAAAGUUGACAUCAACGUACAGCUAAAAGAUAAAAGCGCCAAGACCUACUCGUAUAUCCUGAAAACGCAAGUGGCAGCUAGUGAUAUGAUUAACUUGGCCGACUUCAACCUAUUUCCCAAGGAGAUUAUGGUGUACGACAAAUACGUGCCCGGCUUCGAGGCACUCUAUAGGGACGCAGGCCUAGCAGUUACGUUCAGUCCGAAGUCCUAUAGACUGAGCAAGCCAGUCACAGCAGAUAAAGAGUAUCUGAUUCUCGAAAAUCUGCAGGCAAGAGGAUUCAAGAUGUGCGAUCGGAUGAAGGGUAUGGACUUGGAACAUAGCAAGUGUGCGCUGAAAAAGCUGGCUCAAUGGCAUGCAGCUUCACUCCAGUUCAAGGACCUCAAUGGACCCUACCCCGCUCUCUGCCAUAAAGGCAUCUUUACCGAGAAAACGGCGGAGAUAUUGAAGCCCAUGUUUGCCCAGAACAGGAACAAGUUUUUGGAUGUAGUGGCCAAGUUUGAUGGAGCUGAUGAAUAUAUGCAUAAGCUGCCAUCCAUUUUGGAAGCCCAUGUGGCGGAAGUCAUUAAAGAUUCCAAGUUCAAUGAGAAGGAGUUCAAUGUACUCAACCAUGGGGAUGCCUGGGUGAACAACAUCAUGUUCAAAUACAAUGCGGACGGACAAGUCGAGGAAACCUAUUUACUAGAUCAUCAGGUCUCGCAGUACGGGAACCCAGCCCAGGAUCUAUAUUAUUUCAUAAUGAGCUCCACACAGUUGGAUAUUAAAGUUGAUCAGUUUGAUUAUCUGAUCAGAUGGUAUCAUCAAAAUUUGGUGGAACACGCCAGACUCUUGAAAUACUCCGGCUUUGUUCCCACACUUAAGGAACUACACUUCAUUCUGAUACAGCAUCCCAUUUUUGCGGUCGGCACUGUGGUUAGUACGCUAUCCAUUUGCCUGAACAAAGCCGAUGACAACUUUACACCAGAAGCCAUCUUUGGCGAUAAUCCUGAAUCCGAUGUCUUGAGAUCAGAGCUAAUGAGCAAUGAACGAUACAGAGCCAACGUUGAGCGUAUUAUGCCAUGGCUAAAUAGACGCGGGCUGCUCGAUUUUGUAGUGGAUUCUGUGGAAACCCCCGGAAAAACUGAAUAACACAUAAGAUUCAAUAUUAAUAUUUACUACAGAAACAAGAUAUUAGAUAUUAUAUACUUUUUAUAUCUGAUGAUCACAAUACUAAAAUAUCAGUAGCAGAAGCAAAAGCA